AUGUUUUUAAGACUGUCAAUCAUGAAGAGCUCUCUAAAUAGGCUGGUUCGUUUCAAUGGGAAAGGUCAAAUGAGCGUUUUAAGGGGAAAUCUCAGGAUUAAUAGAAUCGGAUCUGCGAGAUUCAAUUCUACCCAACAGGUUCCUAAACCGAAGGGUAUCAAGGGUUUGAUGCAAGUAUAUGGUUACUCAGCAUUGGGUGUGUAUUUAGCACUAACAGCUCUGGACUUGCCACUCUGCUUUUUAAUGGUGCAUUCCCUUGGUGAAGAGAAGAUUAAAGUUUAUAUCAAUAGAGCGAAACGGUUAGUGGGAUAUGGUCAAGAAGAACAACAAGUCAUCGAACAAGUCCGCAAAAAUUUAGCAGAAAAAAUGGAAAGAGAACAACAUGGCUCACAAGAAACUACAUCUUGGUGGGAGAAUUUCAAAGAAAGUACAUUAUUAGCAGAAUUUCUUAUAGCUUACGGUAUUCAUAAAAGUCUAAUCAUUAUCAGACUACCUUUAACAGCGGCAAUUACACCGGGCGCAGUUAAAUUGUUGAGAAAAUGGGGGUUUAAUAUCGGUAAUCCAAAAUUCUUGAAGACAAUGGCUCAAGAUGCAAACAUACGAUUCAAAAGUGGCAACCCUAAUGACUUUAUAAAGGGUAGUUCCAAAAUCAAUGAAAAUUUGAAGCAGAAGAGCACAAAGGGUCAAAAAUGGUUUGAUGGAUUAAUGUAA